UGACGAUAAGCGCACAACUGAGAGGUUGAGGAAGUGGACCAGAGAGAGAGGGGUGGAGAUGGUGAAGGUGGCUUGGCCACUGCUGCUUGCUGCUUGCUUGCUUGCUUGUCUCGCUGGUGGGCUGUGGGUGCUUUGCUUUGUGGUUGAUAUUUUGGUGCUGGCUUGUUGGCGCGGCUUCGUGCGUGGUCUUGGUAGUUGUGGCGGCUCAGCACGCCAGAGUAUUUGGGUUGUUUUCCUUUUCUCUUUCCUUUGCCUGUCACUGCUGCCACUCCUGUGAGAUGAGGCGGGCGGCAAUGGCAUCGAACCAGCGGCAGCCUUGUUGCUUUGCGCUGCAUCGGUGGUUGAGAGCGCCCAAUCACGGCUUCUGCUCUCCCCCUUUGGCUGCUGCAUCCAAGCACGGGCUGCUCCUGUUUUGUCUUGUCUUUGAUUGCUUGUUCCAUCAUCUACCGCUCGUUGGCGCGUGACAUGUGCUCUGUGAUUUCGGACCAUCCCGCUCUGCUGUGUUGUUUGCCUUUGCUUCUGCCUUGGCUGCUUGGCACGAAGCCGCUCUUGCUUGCCUAUUGCUGCGCCCACCAACCACAAGCAAGACACCCGCCCCCACGCGGCAAGCACCAAAUGCUCGCGCAAAGCGCCCUUCCCUCUCCCUUUUCCCUCGUCUCUCGUUCCACAAACAAAACCCUCUUCCGUGAAGUGCAAGUUUUCAACCCGAGCAAAGUCCACACGUCACACACGUCACAUAUCGAAGCACACAAUUCACUGACCACCCACACCAGCAAACAACAACAACAACAGCGACCCACAACCGCAGUGUGUAGUGGUGACACACAGAAGGCAAAGAAAGAAACGUAUGACGAGGCUGGCGGGAUCUACAAGCAAGGGAGAUGGAGGACGUGGUGUGCAUGGUGUGUGACUUUUACUUGCCAAACCUCGGUGGGGUUGAAGCACACAUCUUCCAGAUUGCACACACAAUCAGCGCUGGAGGCACCAAGGUGGUCAUCGUCACACACGAGUAUGGCGAGCAUCGUGGCGUUGUCCGAUGCAAGGACAGGCCUCUCGUCACAUAUUACCUUCCCCUCCCCGUCAUGUGGCGCCAGAACACGUAUCCGACGGUGGUGGGCGCGUUUGCUGUCCUGCGGCGCCUGUUCCUGUUCGAAGGCGUCACCAUCGUCCACGGUCACUCUUCCUUCUCCACCCUCUGCCACGAAGCAUUGCUCUGCGCCUCACUCAUGAGCCUUAAGACGGUGUACACCGACCACUCUCUGUUGGAGAUGAUGGACUUAUCCAACCGCCUUGUUUCCAAGAUCCUCGCGUUUACCCUCUCCCACACGAGACAUGCCAUCUGCGUAUCCCACACAUGCCGGGAGCACCUCGUGUGCAACACGUUGAUGCCGCCGGCUCGCACAUCUGUGAUUCCAAACGCGGUCGAUGCUGAUCACUUCCGCCCGCCGCGCACACCGGGCCCUGCCACCACCAUCGUCGUCGUCAGCAGGCUGUAUUGGCGCAAAGGCAUCGAUCUUCUCGCCCGCACAAUCCCGCGCGUGUGUGCACGUGAUGCUCGCGCGACGUUUGUGAUUGGCGGCGACGGGCCCAUGCGCAUCCACUUGGAGGAGAUGAAGGACAGGCACAACCUGUCCGGCCGCGUGCAACUGCUCGGCAGCGUCAUGCAUCCAGAUGUUCCGGCCGUAUUGGGUCGUGGUGCCGUCUUCCUCAACUGCUCGCGCACGGAGUCGUUCUGUAUGGCCAUUCUCGAGGCAGCCAGCUGCGGGCUGCAUGUUGUGACGACGAACGUUGGCGGUGUCCCCGAAGUGCUUCCGCCAUCCAUGUGCGACCUGUGCAACCCGGACCCUGAAGAGUUGGCGGCGGCAGUGCUGCGGGCCCUGAAUCGCCCAAAGAACAACCCGCUUGUACAGCACCAGCAGGUGUGGUAG